AUGAUAGCCCUGCAAAUGUUGAUCCUGGAAAAGUUGCCUGAAAGCGAGAAGGUGACAAGGCUGGAGCAGUGCCCAAGUCCCCACUUCUCUCCAUUAAAUAUCAAACAAUAUUUGGCAAUCCGCCACCCUAAUCAAGAUCCUCCACAGCCGGCGGAGUUGUCAGAUCUCCGAUCUCCCGUGGAGCGACUCACCUGGGGAAUCUUACACAACUUUCCCGAGAUCCAGACGCACCCGCUCGUCAUUAGCUGGUUCAUCACCAAAUUUGGAUACAGAGCAGCCCUGGCUACUCUGGCUCAGGAUGAUUCGUAUGAGGAUAGUUCCACAAGCACCAGUGGAGCUGAUUUUGUAAAUGCUAUUUAUUUUGAUGUCGCCGUAUCCUUUAUGUAUAAUAUGGAACCUAUUGCAAGUGCAGCCCAAGUCCAAGGACAUUCGCGGCCCAACAUACGGCCCAAAAUAGUAGACGGACCUUCUGACCCGUCUAGCCCAUCGUUGAAGGAAGUCCAGCUCGACUUGGAAGCAGUCCAACGGAUGCAAGAAGGUCAAAGAAGUAGUUAGAAAAUUGUUGGAGUUGUUGGAGAAAAAGGUUGGAUAAGAUCUUAUUCAAAUAAAUUCAAAAAAUUAACUAUUUAAAGAAGAUCCAAAAGAGCAAAAAAGGAGACGCCAUUCAUCAUGAAUCUUCUUCUUUUUUCAUAAUUUUUC